CUAUUUCUAAAAAAGUUCCUGGCAACAUCAAAGCAGCUCUCACAAAUUUUAUGGUGUCUCGUCUGUAGCACGUCAAAAUGGGUCGACGUCCUGCGCGGUGUUACCGCUAUUGCAAGAAUAAGCCAUAUCCUAAAUCAAGGUUUUGCAGAGGUGUACCAGAUCCGAAGAUUCGUAUUUUUGAUCUUGGAAGGAAAAAAGCGAAAGUCGAUGAAUUGCCUUUGUGUAUACAUUUAGUUUCUAAUGAAUUUGAACAAAUUUCCUCUGAAGCCUUGGAGGCAGGUAGAAUUUGUGCAAAUAAGUACCUUGUUAAAAUGUGCGGAAAAGAUUCUUUUCAUUUAAGAAUGCGGCUACAUCCUUUCCACGUGAUUCGAAUCAAUAAAAUGUUGUCCUGUGCUGGAGCCGAUAGGCUUCAAACUGGCAUGCGAGGUGCAUUUGGCAAACCACAAGGUACAGUAGCUAGAGUGGAUAUUGGUCAAGUUAUAAUGUCUGUACGAGCUAAGGACCAACAUAAGGAAAAUGUAAUUGAGGCUUUACGUCGAGCUAAAUUCAAGUUUCCUGGCAGACAGAAGAUUGCAGUGUCCAAAAAGUGGGGCUUUACAAAAUGGGAGAAGGAAGAUUAUGAAGCAAUGAGAGCUGAUGGUCGCCUGAAGCCAGACGGUGCUUAUUGCCAUUAUUAUAACAACCAUGGACCAUUUAAUGUGUGGGUUAACAUGCAACGUGAAUUAAGAGGACUUGAUUAAUCGUUACUUUUAAAUAAAGAUUGAAGUAACAAUGCUG